CUUUAAUCUAUUUCCUUCUAUUUGGACUGGCAAGGAUGAGAGGCGGGCUGUCUCUAAGUUUCAAGCUUUACCUUCUCCUGCUUCUUUGACUAUGAGGGGAUUGAUGUUGGGCUGCCUUUGGAUAAAUUGUCCAUCAAGCUAUUCUUGGGGGGUAGGGAAGCAGUCAGUAGUUGUUCUGGUUGUUGUUUUCAGGGUAUGUGACACCCCACAAAUUGAUUAUUGAUGAGCUUCUUUUGGGAUGAUGCUAAUCUUCCAUAGGCUUCCAGUUCAGUAAGACGAGAAUCCCUUGCAGCUCUUUGUAUUUGAAUCAAUUGGAGACUUGUGAAUCACUACAAUAUUAGGGAAGGGAUUAUUUAGAACUAGGAAUUUCAACCCCUAUAUUCCAUGGCGGAAAGCUUUAAAGAAUGGGAGCAUAUAAUGUGGCUAAAAGCAAAUAUAGAAUGGUUUGAUGGGUUAAAUUUUGACGAAGUGAAAUGUGAGGCAGUUUCUGUUGUGGGACAGUAAGAUUUAAUCAACACAGUGACACAAAGUGAAUAAUGAAAUUCUGGAAAUACUGGUUUCUCCAGACCUCCAGGACUCCAGUUGCAGUUCAGUGAAUUCUCUCAAGGGUUCUUUAAACAUGGACAGAAAGGAGGAUGCUCUGUUGCCUGAAAUCCCCCCAACUGCUUCUCCUCAGCCCUUUCUCCCUCUUCUGGCACCUUCUCCGUGGGCACCUUUCACAAACAGCACUUUACCAAAAUUAUCGGGACUCUGUACGCUGAAAUUUGAUGCUGUGGAAAGAAUGAUGGGUGUGACAUCAAUUGAUUGUGUUGCUCCAUUUGCACAGUAUCUGGCUAAUGUCAUGUGUUGCCCACAACUGGAAACGACUCUUGUUAUUCUUAUUGGGCAGUCUAGUAAAUUCACAAAUAUGCUUGCUUUAAAUGGCACACUUGCAAAGCAUUGCCUUUCAGAUUUUCAGCAAAUUCUGGUGAGCCAGGGUGCCAAUGACACUUUACAGCACAUAUGCUCUCUCCACCCAUCAAAUCUGACAGAAGGUUCUUGCCCAGUCAAAGAUGUUCAUGAGUUUGAAACCACAGUGGACUCAUCUAGCCUACUUGCUGCCUGCGGGAAGAUUGACCUUGUGAAUGAAUGCUGUGAGCAAACUUGCCAAAAUGCGAUAUCAGAAGCUGCUAAAAAACUUGCACUACAAGCAUAUGAUCUUCUGAGCACGGAAGGUGCUGAGGUGCUGACUGACCACUCGACUAGGGUUAAUGAUUGCAGAAGUAUUGUACACCGUUGGCUGGCAAGUAAACUUAACCCUAAUGGUGCAAAAGAUGUUCUUAGAGGACUAUCUAAUUGCAAAAAUAAUAAAGUGUGCCCUCUGGUAUUCUCUAGUACGAGCCAUGUUACAAAGGCUUGUGGAGAUGGGAUGAAUAACCAAACAGCAUGCUGUAAUACCAUUGAGAGCUAUGUCUCUCACUUACAAAGGCAGAGUUUUGUAACCAACUUGCAAGCUUUGGGUUGCGCUGCUUCACUUGGACUCAAGUUACAGAAAGCCAAUGUGAGCAGAAAUAUAUACAAACUUUGUCACAUUAGCCUCAAGGACUUUUCUGUGCAAGUCGCACCCGAAGUUUCUGGGUGUCUUUUGCCUAGUCUACCAUCAGAUGCUGUACUUGACCAAAGUUCGGGGAUCAGCUUCGUCUGUGAUUUAAACGAUAACAUUCCAGCCCCUUGGCCAUCUCUCUCUCACUUACCAGUUUCUUCAUGCAAUAAAACUGUGAAAAUUCCUGCACUUCCUGCUGCAGCAUCUGGCCAGAUCAGUCUGAACAUCUUAAGCAUCAGGUCUCAUCUGCAUCUCUUGGCCUUGACGGUUCUUGGAUCAGGUCUCAUCUGCAUCUCUUGGCCUUGACGGUUCUUGGAAGCCUCUUUUAUACUUAAUGCUGCCAUUCCUGCUCCAAUUUACCCUUAUUGUGAGCAAAUCUUAUGAAGUGAUGAUAGAGUAACAAAUCACUUUAAGUUAAUAGUGCUGAAGGUUCUGAUUUUCCUCAAGUCUAAUGUGUACAAAAGCUAGAAAAUCAUGCUCCUGAGUAAGAAUCCCACUCGGAGAAGAUUCCAAGUUUGAGUUUCCGACCAUAUUUAUUCCUCAUUCUUGCGUAAUAAGAAAAUUUUGUAAAAGUACUUCUGGAGGAGGUUGAAUUCCAUGUAAUUAUUUCCACUUAGAAAAAUUGCAUAUGUCUGAAAUUCAAAGUCCUGAGAAAUUAUUGUGUCAUUAAGUAAUGCAUUAGUUAGGCCUGUAGGGGUUGGGAUGUUGUUUUUGUUUGUCAUUUUUCUUUUGUUUUCCAGUUAUGCAUCACAACUGUUUGAUGCUUCAAUACCAAAAUUGUAAUAUCUAUUUCUGUCCAGUAGAUAAAGGUAUUGCAAAUUGCAGCACCUUCAAGUGAUAAUGCAUGUGCUCUUUUAUCAACUUCUUUUUUAAUUGGCUUAUAUAUACUGCC